ACCUGUCCGGCUCCUCUCUGCUGUCUCCCAUCGUUCCCACCAGCUUCUCCAGUCACCGCAUGACUUCCGGAUUCCAGCGGCUGCGAUUCAAGCCUCGUUGUGGCCGUACAGCCGCAGUGUCAGCGCUUCCUGCAGCCGAAUGAAGCUACCAUUAUACAUUCUGUUGCCGGAUCAGGUUCUGGAAUAACUAGAACUUGAAUAUUUGACGAUAGGGGACACCUUAAGGCACGAUUUUUCCAAGUCUUGAUCUCACUCUCUGUUUCCUGCCGUACCAAUAUAAAAUAGACGGAAAAACACAAAAAAAAAGUUUUUAUUCUACAUUGUAUAACGGCUCAGUCCUUGUUCGCGCACUGUACACAAUAGCAUCGCUGUGUUUUUUCCCCACCAUGGCUUUGAGUUUCGGUAAGAAUCUUAUUAAGCCCACGGUCACUUUCCUAAGGACGGAGUUGUCCUUUGCUCUCGUGAACAGGAAGCCGGUUGUACCGGGACACGUCCUAGUCUGUCCGCUGAGGCCUGUCAAACGUUUCAAAGACUUGAUGCCCGAAGAAGUAAGUGACCUCUUCAGCACAGUACAGAGCGUGUCCACGGUGGUGGAGAAACACUUUGGUGGCACCUCCCUAACCAUCUCCAUCCAGGAUGGUCCAGAGGCCGGGCAGACUGUUCCUCACGUUCACGUGCACAUCUUACCCAGGAGGACGGGGGAUUUUAAAAAGAAUGACACAAUCUAUGAGGUAUUGCAGGACCACGACAAGGAAGAAGCUUCAGAGAAGUGGAGAUCUGAGGAAGAGAUGGAGGCAGAAGCUGCUGAACUCCGGAAGUAUUUCUAAAAAAAAAAAAAAGGACAUUUCUGCUUCAGAUUUUACAUUUCAGAUUGUAUCUCAACAUAGUCGUAAUGUCAUUAAACCAUUAAACUGAUGUGAUAA